AUGUCCAAAGUUCCUGCUAUUUAUCAAUUGGGUCAUUUACCAAUUAAAGACCAUGUCUUUUCACCAGAUCGUUCAAUCUUAGCUAUUACCAAGGGCAAUGAUGUCGAAGUUUAUCAAAUCUCACCAUCCAAUCUUUCAUCAAAGCCACAACUAGUUGCUGUAUUGAAGGAUCAUGAUAAAACUGUCACCUCAGUUGAUAUCUCACCAGAUGGAUCCAAGAUUUUAACAUGUUCUCAAGAUAGAAACGCAUUGGUCUGGGAAUACAACAACGGAGAAUACAAGCCAACAUUAGUUUUAUUAAGAAUCAAUCGUGCGGCUACCGUUUGUAGAUGGUCACCAGAUGGAUCUAAGUUUGCUGUUGGCUCAAGUGACAGAAUCAUUGCUGUUUGUUAUUACGAAGAAGAAAAUGAUUGGUGGGUUUCCAAACAUUUGAAGAAACCAUUGAAAUCAACAAUCACUACUAUCGAUUGGCAUCCAAAUGGUGUGUUGUUAGCUUGUGGAUCAACCGAUGGCCAUGUUAGAGUGUUUUCUGGUUAUAUUAAAGGUAUUGAUGCCAAACCUGACCCAUCUGUUUGGGGAACAAAAUUACCAUUCCAAACUUUGUGUGGUGAUUAUACUAAUGAAACCAACGCUUGGAUUCAUGGAGUUAAGUUCAGUCCAGAUGGUAAUGCAUUGGCUUAUGUUUCUCAUGAUUCUUCUGUUGGGUUUGUUUACCCUCAAGGUGAAGGUUUACCACCAAGAGCCAUUUUCAACGUGAAAACCGAUAAUUUGCCAUUCAAAAGUAUUGUUUGGUUGAACGAUCAACAAGUUUGUGCUGGUGGUUUUACUUGUAACUUGGUUGUUUUCCAAGGUGAUGAAAGUGGCUGGCGACAAGCUUACCAAGUAGAAGAACAAAAAGAUUUAACUAAAGAAGUUCCUCAUUCCCAACUUGGUGAAGGAGAUGAUGACGAUGAAGAGAUUUCGUCUCAUCAAGCAUUGAAUAUGUUUAAGCAAAUGGAUUUGAAAGGGAGAGUCAGCAAACCUAGUGCCGGAGGUAAACCUGUAAAGGCCUUGAGUACUAUUCACCAGAAUACCAUCAACAGUAUCAGAAACUUUGGUCAAGGUAAAGUAUCCACUUCAGGGAUUGACGGCAAAGUUGUCAUAUUCAAUGUAUAG